CCAUGGGGUGGGUAACUGCCUCACCUCUCUGGGUUGGCAGAAGCUCUUCAAGCUGUCAGGGGCACUGAGGGGGACUGAAGGUCCAUGGAUGGGACAAGACUACUGAAAGAGACAAGAAACAUCUUUACCAAGAAAUAUUAAUUGAGACAUAGAGGUACUUUAUGAAAAAUGGUGGCAGAGGAAGUAGUGGUGACCCUUUCAGGAGGUGCACCAUGGGGUUUCCGAUUACAGGGAGGAGCCGAGCACCAGACACCCCUCCAAGUGGCAAAGGUGCGAAAACGCAGUAAGGCAUGCAGGGCAGGGCUCAGAGAGACUGAUGAGCUGGUUUCAAUCAAUGAUGUCUCCUGUGGAACACUGUCUCAUGCUGAGGCUAUGAACCUCAUCGAUAGUGGCAGAGGAACACUCCACCUGCGAAUCAAAAGGGCCCCUGCUGCCUAUCAGUCAGUGGUGGUUCUGGGUCGAGCCCCCUCGCCUCGUAUCGAUAAGGAGUACCGGGCUGCGUUGAGAGCUCUGUCCCCUCCAUUUACCUCUAAACCACCUGGUGUCAACAGAGCAUCGCUCAUGUCCCCCACUGGUGGCCUAGAGUGCCUUACGUCCCCUCCAGACAGUGAGGCAUACUAUGGCGAGACAGACAGUGAUGCUGAUGUGGCAGCACAAGAGAGGCAGCGAAGACAGAGACGACGAAGCCCAAGUAGUUCACCUGCCAAGUGCCCAAGCCAAGUCUCGCUCCAUGAGGAGGAGACUUCAGAAAUGAGUGGCUAUGAGAGCGCCCAGGAAGUAUGCAUGUACCCCCCAAAACAGAUCUAUGCUGUAUCUGACCUGGAUGGAAUAGGGUCUCCACAACAGCACGCAAUGUCCGGGGUGGCCCGCAGAGAGGUGGUCUAUAAGCCCACGCAUGCUGAGUGGUUGCACCAAGCAGAAAAUUCCUCCGAAAAUUCUGACCAAAGUCCGUCAGGAGCUGCUGAAGUGGACAGUGGCUUCCAGGAGCCACCCACUGUCCCACCUCCUCUUGUUUCUCCAGAACGGGCAAAAGAGGCUCUCAUGCUGGCAUCUCACAGACAGAUGAUACCCAUGGUGGGUCCGGUGGACAACCCAGUUGAUGAAGAACUCAGUUUGACAUACAUGGACAAGGCCAAACAAGCUAAGCUUCACAGAGGGGAGAGUUUACAGGAUAAGCAGGUGAAGGAGGCUCGAUCCAAGUGCCGAACCAUUGCCUCACUCUUGACUGACGCUCCUGACCCUCACUCCAAAGGUGUGCUUAUGUUCAAGAAGCGACGGCAGCGUGCCAAAAAGUACACUCUCACCUGUUUCGGCAGCGUAGACGGAGAAAGCUACAGUAACACAGAGGGAGAAACAGAGGACGAAGGCUUGUUUCCAGGCAGCGAGUCUGAACUAGAUGAUGACGGGUUUUCUGCUGCUCCAGACUCUACCUGGGAUUGUGGUUACUUGGACGUUCUAGACAAGAGAACUUCAGCAUAUAUUGUACCUGACAGAGAUGUGGAGCCCAGCCCAGGCCUGAACGCGUCCACAGGUAAAGGAGCCCAGCUUUUUGAACAACAGAGGAAAAGAUCAGAAGAACAUUCAUCGAAACCCCUUAAUUCCACCUCCUUCUCCAUGCCACAGCAACAAGGAGACUCAGCCCUGACAUAUACCCCAGUCACUUUGAUGACACCCCUAACUUCUCAUGGUACCAGUAUUGUGAACAGGGAGCCGAUGGUGGUGAGCAGCACAAGUGUUUUGUUGUCCUCUCCAGGACAGACGUCCAUACCAUCCAUGGCAGGAGCAUUAUCAGAGCAAGCAGACUCAUCGGCUGCCAACUCAGUGCACAACAGAACUGCCAGACCAUUUGCCCCUGGCUGUGUGAGCCACAGAGCAGCAACUGCUCCAGUUGUUUUCAGGCCCAACACCACAAAGAAGCCUGGAUCCCAGUCCUUGUCUGUGUCUGCGGCAACAAUCCCAGCUGCCUUCUCUCCUGCUGGCUCAAAGGUGAAGAAAGUAAUCUCUACAACAUCACUGUAUAUCCCUGCCAGACCAGCCACCUUUAAUGGUCCAUCCUCUUUGCUCUCUCCAUCCUCCUUAACUUCAGGUCCAUUUUCUCCUCCCCCUUCAAAUACCCCACUUUUUUCUCCAGCCUAUUCCAAACCCUCUGCCCCUUUUUCACCAAUAUCUUCUCAUCUAUCAUCCUUGAAUUCAACUUCUGGUAUGGCCCAGCCUUAUUCUCAAUCUCAAACACAAGCAAUUCCCCUUAGUCCUCCUUACCACAUGGGUUCUGCUCAAUACCAGUCACAUCCACCAGUUCAUGUACCAACACAGCCCUUCUCUCCCCCCUUUUCAAAUGCCCCUGCACCAACCAGUGCCACGCCUCCUGUCCCAACUGCUAUUCCAGCCUUUGUCCAUGCCUAUGCUCCUGUAACACCAAAUAAGCAAUCUUCCCCACCCAACAAAGUCUCUUUCAACCCAUACAUCUCUGUGGCAACCUCUACCACAGAAAUUCCAGAUGUACCCAUUGCCCAGAAGUACCCCCUCUCCAAAUCCACUGAUGGGAUCUCUUCUCAAGAGCAGCAGGUCUCAGUACCUUCUGCUCGUACUGGCAUCCUGCAGGAGGCUUGUCGUCGUGGCACCAAGAAACCAAUGUUCAGUACCCCAGAGGAGAAGAAGCCACCAUCUUUCAACCCUGAACUUCUGUCUUUAGUGCAGAACCUGGAUGACAAGUCUCGCUUGGGUGUUGAGGCAGGGUUUGAGUCUGGCCCUGAGGAAGAUUUCCUCAACUUAGGUGCUGAGGCUUGUAACUUCAUGCAGGCACAGGGAUACAAGAUGGCACCACCAGUGGCUCCCAAACCAGCUCCUCCAGCCCCUGAGAUUUCUCUGAUGCGAGGUAAAGGUGCAGAGUUGUUUGCACGCAGACAGAGCCGCAUGGACCGGUAUGUGGUGGAUAAACAGCCCAAGUCUCCUGCACAACCUCGUGAUCCUUCACCCACACCCUCCCUCCCAGCUAACUGGAAACUCUCUCCCAACAUCCGAGCCCCACCACCCAUUAAUUAUAAUCCACUGCUGUCACCAUCAUGCCCCCCAGUGGCCCAGCGUGGCAUCAAGGCCAAUGAUGCCUCAAAAGUUGGGGUUAAAACAGUGCCUGGCCAACACAAACAGGGCAUAAAAGCUCUUGACUUUGUGAGCAGGCAGCCAUACCAGCUCAGCUCCUCCUUGUUCACCUAUGGUGGUGGAGUCCCUCAGUCUAAUGCCACUUAUCAACAGCAGCAGAAUGGUGUCAGCAUGACCGGCAAUUCCCUAAACAUGCCAAAGCAGGUCCCUGUUAAAGCAAGCCGUGUGUACCAAAUAAAACGUUUCUCUACACCUACUCCUAUGUCUGCACCUACAACCUUGACCCCUACUGUACUUGCCCCUCGAUCCGCCACCACUCUUGGUGAGCCGAUGUGGCGUAGUGAUGUCACUUCCCCGCCUCCUGUUGCUCCACGACCCGCUGUGCCAUUCUCCCCACCACCACCUGCCCCGACAGCAGCCCUGCCUGCACUCCCCAAAAUAUCAACUGCCCCUGUGCCCAUCCCACAAUCCACUCCUGUGCAUGCCUAUACUCCAUUCCAGGGAGUCAAGCAGUUUAAGAGUGCCCCUGAGCUGAGUCCCCUGUCUUCUGGUAUGCAAUCCUCAGUGUCUAGGAGCAGCCAAAACCUGCGGGUACCCAGACCCCGCUUUAGUACAUCGAGCAUGGGGCUUCAACCCAAUGUGUGGAGGCCUGGUUCCAUCCUUCACUGAGAAUCUACUGUGACAUUUACUACCACCCAAAGGCAAGGGCACUCAAGUGCUUGAGCUUUGUUCUGGUAAAUGAACCAUUCAACUACAGUAAUGAUAUAGAAUUCAGUGAUAGAUUUCAUAUAUUUUGCAUGUUAACAAUUUUAACACGUUUUUCUUGCUCAUCCAAUUACACAAUUUUUACGAAAAAGAAUAUGCAACAGUAUUGUAGAUAUCUCCAUUUGUACAUUUUAGAAAUGUAUUAUUCAAAAUAUUGAGCAAGUCAUUAACUGUUUGUACCACUGUGUGCACAGGUUUGGUUCACUGUUCUGUUUCAGUUUGCAUCUCAUUUGAUUUACACAAGAUGAACAUGUAUUUUGAACCAACAGAAAACAGAAUAAUUGUACAGCAAUUAUUGAGAAGAGCUAUACAACAUAAUUGCAUGUCUGAUAAUGAUCAGUUCUGGUGUUUUCACAUGGUGGCACAAUGAAGAUAAUAGUUAUUGAUCAACUGUGGUAUUAUUUUAAUUUUAAUUGGGGCCACAAGGAAGGAGUGAUGAGGGGUGAGAAAUGUAUGACAGAAUCCAAUUGUUACAAGAUAUUGGAAGGAAAAAUCUUUGAUUUCUUGUGUACAAGUGUUAUAGAAUGUUCUAUAGAAAUGUAAUUCCUGAAGUUUCAGAGUCUCAAUAACAAAGAGAUGGAAGAGUUGUACAAAGAACGUGACCGCAGCUUGAAAUGAAAAAGAAGAAUCCUCAUUUGGAGAGAUGGUACAAACCACCUGUUGGUCUACUCAUGCUCUGAAAUUGCUAUCUCUGUCUCACCCCUGCCUUGCCGUAGCAUCUUAAACUAUCCACCUUGUGGUUGAAUAGCAUUUGUUUCUUGUUUGACAAGGAUUAGAAUGGAUGCUUGAUGCAUGUGCUCAUUUCAUCCACAUAAUGCUGCUUAUGCCAAGGCUGAGUUUGACUGAGCAUUUAUACAAGCAUGUGAAAUCCACCAUGGGGAAUUGUGCUGGGGCUUUUUCACAUGACAGCUGAAGAAGAAGAAGAAGAAAAAAACACUAGAUGAAAAACAGAAAGCACUGCUUUAUCUUUAUUUCAUAUUAUGUGAAUGUGACAUCUGAUCACUUUUCCUGGCACUUGCUCUCAUUGUGAAUGAUGCUUCUGCCAGACAAGCAUGGCAUCCACUUCAAUCACUUCUGUGAACUGUUUAACAACAUUUUUGAAAUUUCUUAGUUGAACUGAAAAUAUACUCUAAUCAAUGCACUAUAUGAACAACAUGCAAUGGUGGGUACCAUUUCUCUUCUAAGGAUAAGAUGGUUGAUCGAAAGUAAAAAUAUACCUUACUAAAACUAAGGUAAUGGGAGCAGCAUUUUGAAACGUGGCAUAUAAAGCAAGAGAUCAAUUUUAUAGCAAAAAUAGAGGGAAAAGAAAGUCAGUGCCUUUUUGACAUUAUGGGCCAUUAAGUAGAGUUAUGUAACAUUAAGUAGACUAAAUGUUCAUUUUCUAAAGUGUGUACAAUUAGGACUGUCAAAAUGAAUGCUAUGCCACUAAGAGUUUUUAAAGCAUUAAUUCUUUAGUAAAGGUGUUUUAUGUUUGCUUUACAUAUUAUAAAAACCAUGUUAUUAACUUAUUUUAGUUAAUGACACUAACUGUAGUAAUAAUGCUUUGGGAUAUUUGAGGUUAAUAGUGGGAGUACGUCUACUUUAGAUGUAGAUGGUUGAAUGUGAGAAAAGUACAAUGGGUUUCUGGAUUCUUGGAUUUGGGUGUGGGAAGAUGAAAACUAAUUUGUACCUUCUAAAACAUUAAUAUAGAGCAAUGAAAAUAAAUGUAAAA